UUAGAUGUGGCCCUUGUGGCUAAAAGGAUCAGGGGGUAUGGAGAGAAGGCAGGUACAGGAUACUGAGUUGGAUGAUCAGCCUCGAAGGGCCGAAUGACCUACUCCUGCACCUAUUUUCUAUGUUUCUACAAUGUCUCAGAAAUGUCUUGUGGAUUUAGCCAGGCUAAGUAUUGAAUCAAUCAUUGCCAGAACAAUAAAGUUUUGUGCUGUGAUCGGAAUUUUUCACAAAAAAGGCCAGGAAAGCUCUUUAAUUAAAGUAAAUAAUUAUGUCAUUUCAUGAUCUGAUCUGCUUUGAAAUACAGAUUUUUUUGUGUGAAUUCUUCCUCCUUAUCAGUAUUGUAGCAUAAAAAAAGAUGUUCAAAACAAAUGUGCAUUCUUCUUUCUGAUCAUUUUAUUUUAUUUAUAUUCAUCAUGGAGGGAGUAUAGGAGCAUGAGGCCUCAAAUGCAGAAAAUCAACAGAGCGCUCCAUUCCACCCCUCUCUCAUCUUCUAUACCCCUUUUUGCCUUUCAGGCUACAGCUCAUGGCAUAAACCGGCAGUGGAUAAAAACAGGAUGACUAAUGGAGAAGGGACGGGGCCCGAAAGAAACUUUGUACCCACUGAUAAAAUUCCUCUCAGAGGCCCCGUGUACAAGCACACCCAGGUCUCGUUGCACCUCCCUUUUUCCUAAUCUGAUACUAUUCAGCCACUUUAAAUUAGAAUCAUGUGGAGGUGCAUUUGUGGAAUUGAAGAGUCCCUUGCAUCAUCGGAGGUAAGUAUUUUUGUAAUUUCCUGUUGUUGCAUUGCAUUUACAAAAUUUGUAUUUGUAUUAUCGCCGGAGUCCCAUUGUUCUUCACGGCAGUCCCCUCACGCCCGGUUCCCAUUGUCUUCCCCUAGCCCCCCGCCCCCUCCCCCCACUCUCAUUGAACGAUGAUUGCGGGUCGAUCAUGAAGCCCCACUGCCGCUGAGGAUCCCGUUGCCACUGAGGCUCCCGUUGCCGCUGAGGCUCCCGCCACCGCCGAAGCUGCCGUUGCUGCUGAGGCUUCCAUCACCGCCACUGCUUAGGUUCCCUCAGCCCAGGCAGACCUCGCCAUCCGGCUUCACCUCGGUCCCCUGGGAGGCCUGUGGGGCGAGUCCAGCAUGUUCCAGUCGGCGGCGCGUUUGUUUAAAACAUGCAUUGGCUUUCAUGCAUUCCAUAUUAAUGCACUUCUCAAGUCACUGAAUAUUUCAAUACUGUUUUUCUCUAAAGUCUGAUUCACUAUGAUGCAGUUAUUAAUAGUGACCAAUUAUUCUGCAGGCACUGAGCUGCAGGUCUACUACAGGUAAGUAUUUGGUGGCUGGUUUAUCUGAGCAGCUGGCUCAGUAUGAACAGCUGGUAGUGCAGCUCAUAGACCAAUAUCCGGACAAAGAGACCCAGCUACAAGUGAGAGAUGAACACCUUAAGGUAACAUCAAUUCCAGUUGAAUAUUUGUUACCCUCACUGAGUGAGCUAUUACAGUGAUCUGUGUACUUUGUGUUUGCAUUUCUGCAGUUGGAUUUCACUUUAAAGCCUGAAAAUUCAGUCCAAAAUAUUGCAAGUUUUCUUUUUAACAAUAACAAUUAACAAUGCCUCUUAUUUUCUAAAGCAAAGACUAUUGUUAAACCGUUUCACGUCGUGUGUCGGAUCUUUUCAAGGAAAUUGAAAGAAUGACUUCACACUUGGUUUAGAAGGUUGUACUUCAAAAUAGACUACAAAAUGUUAUUGAAAAGUCAUACUCAAAUGAUUUAAGCAGAAAGUCAUGCCUGAUGUUUCCAGUACAAUACUGAGAGAAUGCUGCAGCUGAAGUGGCAACUUUCAAAUUAAAUGUUAAAUUAAAUCGUGUUUGGUGUCUCAGGUGGAUGUGAAAUAUUUUAUUUUGGCAAAUUUUAGAGAAAGAAAUGUGUUUUCCAGGGUGACUUUUCCAGUCUUUACCCCAAAAUUUCAAGUAGUUAAUUUGUACAUUAUCACAUAUUUACUAUUUUCAAAUUAGUUACAUGGUUUACGACAUUCCAAUGUUAAUUGAACAAUAAAGGUCCCUUAUAAGCAACGUUGGCUGGUUCGGCAGGCCCGGCAGAAAUGUCCAUCAGGUCCGGCAGAAAUGUUUCCCAGCCAGUUAAAAGAAGCAAGGGUGGGAACAGCUGAGGUUCUGACUAAAUGUUUUCAGUCUUCCCUUGCCAAAGGAAUGGUGCCAGAAAAUUGCUCAAAUUGUCGAGGAGUGCUUCCUGUUAGUAUAUAAUAGCAAAGAUGAAAUUGUACAGGAGAAGAUGCAGAUGGGAUUUAGUUUAGUUAAUUGUCACAUAUCGAGUAAACUAUAAAAGAAUACAAGACUCGGAGGGAUUGCCGUGAGUGCAGUGAUCUUGGAGUCUGGUGCGAGUGCGGACGGCUUUCUGACUUUGGGCGGACAGGGAAUGCAGAGAGAGUACAGCGGUCGGUGAAGGAGCAUGUGUGUAGCCUGGACAUUGAACUGAUGGCUGUGGGUCUCCGCCUAUGCUGGGUGCCCUAGAGAUUCUCACACACCGCUGUGGUGGCUGUUUAUGUUUAAUCUUUAUGUAGUUUUGUGUCUUGUUGCUUUUUUGGUAUGACUGUGGUAAAUCAAAUUUUACUGUACCUCAGUGCAUGUGACAAUAAAGGACCAUUAAACCAUUGAAUGUAAAUUAAUAAUUUCAUCCCGUGAUUUCAUUAUGAUAAUUUUAAUAUCUUAAUAACAAGGUGGAAUUGAAGAAUUGGUGCUCUUGAAUUACAAAUGUUGCGUGUGUGUGAUUUCCAUUCUAUGUUGCCCAGUUUUUAUCAUUGUUAGGAGGUAUUAAUCAAGUUAACUUUCUCAGUUACUGGAAGACCUCAAGGUAAAACUCCGUGAAAACGAAGAAGCAUUAUUGGAAAAGACGCAACUUGUCGAUGUGUUGCAGAAAAAGCUUAAUAGGAAUAAUCGGGAUCUAGCGUUGCUGGAAGACUUCAACGAAAAACUCUGGGAAAGGGAAGAGGAACUGCGAGAAACAACAGAACACGUGAAAGUACUGCAGACAAAGCUGGAAAGGAAGAAUUGUGUGAUAAUGGAGUUAGUUGAAGAUGUAAGAAAGCUUGAAGAUAAGAAUGAGGACCUGGACAACAAGUAUUACGCUGAAGAUUACGCCAGCCAUAUCAAGAUCUGUGGUUUGAGGGCGACCCAUAAAGCUGAAUUAACAAAUCUCAAAGAACAAGUGACGCUUCUGUACCAAGAGGCUGCAAGAUCAGAGGAAAGUUCUUUGUCAAUGGAAGCCUCAUACCUGUCUAAAAUCGGCCAGAUCCAAGAGGAGCUGGACAAUGUACAGCUUGUUUCUGCUCAGAAGCUUCUGCUGGAGCACAAAGAUGCGGAGAUUGACUAUGAAGAGGAGGACGACCAGUUAUACCUAAAAGUGAACUGGCCACAAUACGUCGAGGCACAAAAUGAGAAGCUUCAAAAAAUAUUGGAAACAUAUGAAGAGCAAUACCAGAACAUGCAAAUAAGUGAAUCUGAAUCUGCAGAGGAACUGGUGAAGUGGCAAGAAACGGAUUAUAAACCAACACCGAGCCAUGACAACAAUGAGUGGACUGUGAUGGAAUUAAAGAUGAAUCAAGUUGAAGAAAAAAAAGAAGAUUUGAUCUCAGAACUGCAGGAGCUUGAGGAGGAAGUGGGGGAUCUUCAGAUACAAGGACAGGGUCAAGGAUGGACAACGCAGACCACAGCUGGCCAAAAGCUUAUGGAAAAGGAAGAACUGGAAAGCAUUCAACAAUCAACACAGCAGGAGCGCAGAGAGCAAGAUCCGUCCUGCAAGAAUGAAUUGGCUGAGCUAAGGUUUGGUUCUACUUGAACUGGGAUAUCAGUUGCAUUUCUAUUGUGCCAUACGAUCAAAUGGGAUUAUCCCUUGAUGCUUUGGCCAGCAAACAACGUUUGAAGUGUCGAUGAUGGUAGCAAACACGGCAGUCAAUUUCCGUAGGGUGGUGUCGUAGAGCCACAAAUUAUUCAACUCCUUGACGAAGGAGAAUCCGUCUGGUUAAAGGAGGACAUUCUGUUGCCAAUGGCUCAACGGCUUUCAUUUGCUUUGUUUUAGAUUAGAUUAGUUUAGGGAGAAUCUAAAUCCAAGCUGACUAUCAACACGCAUUUGGGAUUGUUUCAGUUCAAUAGGCUCCCAUUUGGCAUAUCAUCAGUCCCUGGGAUUUUUCAAGGGUUUAUGACACAAAUUCUAGACGGAAUUGAAGGUGUGGUGUGUUACUUGGAUGACAUCCUCAUCUCAGCCCCUGGCAGGCAGACACAUGAUGAAAGGUUGGAAGUGGUACUCACACGCCUUGAGACACACAGUGUAAGAGUGAAGGCACAAAAGUGUGAGUUCUUUUAGAACUAGGUAGAGUACUUGGGUCAUAAGAUGUACAAGGAUAGUCUACACCCCAUCAAGGGUAAAGUUGAUGCGAUCAAGAACGCGCCCACUCCCAGAAACAUAUCUGAGAUACCAUCCUUUUUAGGAUGGCACAUCCAUUUCGCCCAUCACUUUUAGCAACCUUGGAAAAAUAAGAUGUCAUUAGUCUUUGGACGCACUAAUGACAUCUUAUUCUUCCAAGGUUGUUAAAAGAAACACGUUAGUUACUUUAGACUUUAGAGAUACAGCGUGGAAACAGGCCCUUCGUCCUACUGAGUCUGCGCCGACCAGCAAUCAUCCCGUACACUAGCGCAAUCCUACACACGAGGGACAAAUUACAAUUUUAACCAAUCCAAAUAGCCUACAAACCCUCACGUCUUUGGGAUGUGGGAGGAAACCAGAAUACCUGGAGAAAACCUACGCAGUAACAGGGAGAAGUUGCAAACUCCACACAAACAGCACCUACAGUCAGGAUUGAACCUGGGUCUCUGGCACUGUAAGGCAGCAAUUCUGCCCCCACUGUUACUUGAUAGAAUCUGAAGAACCAUGUGGAAUUACAGAAUUCUGCUUGUACUAGCUCUGAACGAUUUAUCCACUUAAUGCUCCCCCCUUUCCUCUUUGACAUGCGCCUUUGAAUUGUUUUAAAAAAUAUAUAUUAUCAUUGAGUUUUUUUUACCACUUUUUAAGGGAAUAUAACCUAGGUCAUAAUUUGCAGAGUGAAAAAUAAUUCCUCCUUCUCUUCCCCUGGCAUUUUUGCUAGUUUCUAUACCCUUGCUUCCUCCAAUUCAAGAAAUGGUCUUUCCAGUUUGGCUCCGUCAAACCGCUUGUAGAGAAAUCCACAGACUGUCGAAAGCAGCUGCUUCAAAGUCCUUGGAGAAGAUUCCUUGAAAGCCCUGUGUUCUUCCCAGCCCUUGGUAUCGAUGACAUUUCUUUGAGAAGGUGGGGUUACUGUGUUACUGUUUAUACUGCUGUUUUCUUUCCAGACAUGUCAGACCAGCGCCCAGGAAGCAAACCAUUGAAAAUGAAACACACGAGGAAACAUAGAAACAUAGAAGUUAGGUGCAGGAGUAGGCCAUUCGGCCCUUCGAGCCUGCACCGCCAUUCAAUAUGAUCAUGGCUGAUCAUCCAACUCAGUAUCCCGUACCUGCCUUCUCUCCAUACCCUCUGAUCCCCAUAGCCACAAGGGCCACAUCUAACUCCCUCUUAAAUAUAGCCAAUGAACUGGCCUCAACUACCCUCUGUGGCAGAGAGUUCCAGAGAUUCACCACUCUCUGUGUGAAAAAAGUUCUUCUCACCUCGGUUUUAAAGGAUUUCCCCCUUAUCCUUAAGCUGUGACCCCUUGUCCUGGACUUCCCUAACAUCGGGAACAAUCUUCCUGCAUCUAGCCUGUCCAACCCCUUAAGAAUUUUGUAAGUUUCUAUAAGAUCCCCUCUCAAUCUUCUAAAUUCUAGAGAGUAUAAACCAAGAAUAUGAGGAGGCUUUUGAGAAUGACUCAAUUGAAAAGGUGGUGGUGGCACGGAAGGUGUGUGUUGCCAAUCAAUUCAUCGUUUUCUAGUUGUAGUCUAAUUUUCUGAUGUUUUACACUGCAUCGUGCCCCUAACACCCCACCCCAGUGAACAGGGCAACUCUGGAAAACCUGCUUCCAUGUACAUACUAACCAAUAAAUAGGAUACAUAGUACAUCGGUUUGGAGUGGGUGAUUCAGGCAUCAACACAGAAAACCUGGCCUGGUUUCAUUGUCCAGCAGACAUCCGAUAUAUGGGUGCGCAAUGCUGAUAUUUUGGACGUUCUGUAUCAGAUGAUGUUGCACCUGCCACUUCCUACUUUGAAGAGGUUCUCCUCCUCUCUCUGCCAAUUCUGCAACAUCCUCUCUCACUGCUCCUCCUCUGCGCCAUAUAUCUGGACUCCUUCUACACUGAUUCUCAGCCUGAAGAAGGGUCUCGAAACGUCACCCAUGUCUUCUCUCCAGAGAUGCUGCCUGUCCUGCUGAGUUACUCCAGCAUUUUGUGUCUAUUGUCAGUGUAAACCAGCUUCUGCAGCUCCUUCCUACACUAUUCUUCAUUACUGGGUGCAAUGCGGGGGCCCAGCCUUGCAGGGAGAUCCUGAUGAAUUGCUGGGGAAUUACAGACUUGGUUGCUUGCCUUAUGUUCCAGCAGCAGAAACUAAUGACUACAUGGUAUGCUGUUCUGAAAAUGGUAAAUGCUUAGCAACAGCAAAUUGGGUUGUGUGAAAAGACUGACGGAUUACAAAUGAAAAACAAUUAUAUUUUUGCACUCUGAAGCAUUGAAGGCCAGUCUCGGCAGAUUCACUGGAUUAUUUCAUUGCUGGAUAUCAUGUGGGACCCAGCUCUGCUGGGAGAGCCCGGCAAAAUGCUGCAAAAAUGUUUCUCAGACCCUAAUCCAGGUCAGUUGUUACACAGGAUCUGACACUCCCUAUGUUUCUGUGGUAUUCUAGGCUUGUUGAUUCAGUGGCAAAGGAUAAAUACUAGUGGUAGAGUCCAGGACAGAAACCAUCGCCUCAGAAUAAAAGGACCUACCUUUGGAAAGGAGGAGGAAUUAUUUUGCGAGAUCUUGGUGAAUCUGUGGAAUUCAUUGCCACAGAAGGCUGCAAAGGCCAAAUCAUUGGGUAUUUUGAAGGUAGAUUCUUGGUUUGUAAGGGUAUCGGGAGUUAUAGGGAGAAGGCACGAGCAAGGGGUUGAGAGGGAAAGUUAGAUCAGCCAUGAUUGAAUGGUGGAGUAGACUUGAUGGGCCGAAUGGCCUAUUUCUACUCCUAUAACAUGAACUUUUGUAAG